AGUGGUGAUAAGCAAAGUAUAAUUAUUUUUCAUCGGGCAAGAUCUUAAAAUGUUUGUUGAAAUCCUUCAUGUAGCUGAUAAUUUGGCUAAUUAAGCAUUUUGUUAAACGAUUUUUAAUUACCAUUUAUUCACGUGACAUGUUUUAGUUUUUACUGUCAUUUCCGUUUUCUUCCGAAGUAGAUGAUAGUAACGGUUAGUUUACGUUUCUCUACGUCUGAGUAGGGAAGGAGAACCGUCAACCAACACUGCGCGGCGGUAUCAGAGUCGAACCACCAGCGGAGGAAACAUGGUGUCAACGUCGGCUCUCUUUCUCGUCUCUUUGGCCUCUGCAUGUGGACAAGUUUUUGCUGAGAGACAGCUAAUUUAUGCUACAGUGUUGUUUCGACAUGGUGACAGGUCACCGGUGAAAGCCUAUCCUACUGACCCUCACCAAGAAAGUGCCUGGCCUCAGGGCUUUGGACAGCUAUCACAGGUCGGGAUGAGGCAGCAGUAUGAGCUGGGUCAGUAUCUGCGGACGCGGUACAAAGACUUCCUCAAUGAAUCCUACAUCCGCCACGAGAUUUUAGUUCGCAGUACAGACGUUGAUCGCACCCUGAUGAGUGCUGAAGCCAACCUUGCAGGCCUCUACCCCCCUAAAGGUCAGCAGAUAUUUCAACCCAGUUUAAAGUGGCAGCCCAUACCGGUCCACACGGUACCGCAAAACGAAGAAAAGCUGCUCUCAUUUCCUUUGAACGACUGUCCUCGCUACGAACAGCUGAUGAAUGAGACUGAAAACACAGCAGAAUUUAUCAAUGUCACAACAAAAUACCAGGACUUCAUAGAGAUGGUAAAAAAUAAAACAGGACUGAAGGCAGCGAAUGUGUUAUCAGCUUGGCUUGUGUACGACACACUAUUCUGUGAGUCCCGACACAACAUGUCCGCUCCAGACUGGGUGACUCCCGAUGUCAUGGAGAAGCUCAGGUUUCUGAAAGACUUUGGAUUUCAGAUCCUAUUCGGGGUUUACAAACAGCAAGAGAAGAGUCGCCUGCAGGGAGGCCUCCUGCUGGGGGAGAUUGUGAAGAAUCUCACCAAGAUGGCCGCCCCACACCCACAACAACAGUUAAAACUGAUGAUGCUCUCAGCGCAUGACACAACUGUAGUUGCUCUUCAGGCCAGCUUGAAUGUGUUCAACGGGAAGCAGGCGCCUUACGCCUCCUGCCACAUAAUUGAACUGUACAGGGAAAACAAUGGAUCUGCGUCCGUGUCGAUGUUUUACCGCAACGACACCAGCGUGGAGCCGUACCCAGUCCAGCUGCCAAGUUGUGCUCAUGUCUGCCCCCUAGAGGACUUUGUGAGGAUCACAAAGCCGUUCAUCUCAGACGACAGGGACAAGGAGUGUCAGGUGCCGUCAAAGGGGAGAGACAGACAAGUGAUCAUCGGCCUGGCCUUGUCCGGCUGCCUGCUCCUCGCCCUCAUCGCCGUCCUCCUCGGAGUCAUUUGCCGACACAAGGAGUCCAAUAGCAACAGGGGAUACCAUCAUGUGACCAACCAGGAAGCCGGAGAGGAAUCCUGACAGAGGCGCAAGCUACUGCGUCGGGGAUCGACGAGCUUCACAUCUUGGGACAGCAGCAGCGAUGAUGAUGAAGAAGAACUUUAAAUGACAAUAAUCUUGGCAUUAUCGGUACAGUUCACUGUGCCUUGCAUCAAAUUUGCACACUGCAAAAAUACAAAAACAUACCAAGUAUUUUUGGUUGAGCUUUUAUUGCAAAUAUCUUAGUACUCU